GAAACCAGUACGUGUAAUACUUCAAAAAAAGAAAUAUUACGUAACACAUUCUGUCAAAAAUGGCAUCAAGAAAGAACAAAAUUUGCAUGGCUUUAAUUGCAUUAAUAGUAGUGGGCAUGAUUUCAAGAGGAGCGAUGGCUCAAUCCAACUGCAUGAAUGCGUUACUUAGUAUGUAUUCAUGCCUUAGCUAUGUCACCGGAUCAACUUCAAAAACGCCGUCGAGUUCUUGCUGCUCAGCCCUCUCUGGGGUGCUGCAAUCACAGCCUAGGUGCCUUUGCACCAUUGCUAAUGGUGGUGGUUCGUCGUUAGGUGUCCAAAUUAAUCAAACUCUUGCACUUGCUUUGCCUGCUGCAUGUAACCUGCAAACUCCUCCUGUCAGUAGAUGUUAUGCUGGUAAUGGACCGGCUAUGCCUCCAAUGCCAACGGGUUCUCCAGUGGGCUCACCAGAGCGUUCACCAGAGGACGAGACUGUGGAUCCUCCAAUGCCAGGGCUUGAAGACAAUUGGGAGAACUAGCAAUACCUCCAGUUGAAGCCUUCUAAAGUCCCUCUUCAAAUUGUUUCCGUUGCUUCCAUGACCUUGAAGUUUCCGUGUUUUUCAUCUGGGAGUUCCAAAAGAAUAGUUUGUUACAUAAAUUAGCAAUACAUUUUAAUGUAAUGUCAUGUUCUGUUAGGUUAUGGUGUGAUUUAUAUUAAUUACUUGUGUGUUGUUUCCAUUCAUUUCUGUACUGUCCUAGCAAUGAACUCUAAAAGUUUGAAUUUA